AUGGCGACGUUUAAACAGUUCUCCGAGGUUUUCGCGAAUCUUUUCCCGAUCUGGACCAUUUUGGCGGCCGUGGUCGGCGUGCUCCGACCGGAGUCGUUUGCCUUCAUGACGAGCAACGGAUACACCGGAUGCUUGGCACUUCUGAUGUUCUCCAUGGGGAUUACUCUGACGAUCGAUGAUUUCAAGCGCGUGUUUGCAAAGCCCGGGUUGAUCGGUCUGGGCUUCAUCAUGUGCUACGUCAUCAUGCCGGCGCUUGCGUUCUUCAUCGGAAACGCGCUCGGUUUGAGCGGUCCGCUCCUUGCGGGUCUCAUCCUCGUCGGUUCUAUCAAUGGUGGGCAGGCGAGCAAUCUGUGCGCGUACAUCGCACGAGGUGAUGUCGCGCUUUCCGUGCUCAUGACCACCGCCACGACCGUCGGAUGCAUUUUUAUGACGCCUCUCAUCUGCAAGUUGGCGCUCGGCGCAGUCGUGGACGUCGACGCCGUGGGCAUGGCGAUUUCCACCAUUCAAGUCGUUCUCGUUCCUGUUGUCGUCGGGCUGACGCUGAACAAGUACGUGCCAAAGUUCUGCCGAUCCGUCGAACCGUUCUCUCCGAUCGUCGGCGUGACCAUGACCAUCAUCCUUGUCGGCGGCGCCGUCGCAAACUGCGCGGCGGGAAUCCUGGGCGCGGGCAUGACGCUUCAAAUCGCCGCAUUCGCGCUCCACCUCAUCGGUGGUUUGGCGGGAUACUGGGGAGCUAGGGCGUUCAAGUAUGGCGAGACUACAUGCCGCACGGUCGCCAUCGAGACGGCGAUGAAAUCGAGCGCAUUUGGCUUCUUGCUCGCAAGUCUGCACUUCCCGGAAUACCUCGUUCGCGUUCCGUCGGCUGUCUCCGUCGUUUGGAUGGCCGUGCUCGGAAGUACGAUGGCCGUGGUCUGGCGAUUCAUCCCUGUGAAGGAAGGGUGA